CGAAUAUUUUCAAAUCAAACGAACUACGGCUAUUAAUUGAUGCACAUUCAUCGCUUCUGAUUUUGAUAAUUUUAACGAAAAGUACUUUUUUGUAUUUAAGUGGUAGAAAGUUAAACAGUAUAUUAUAAGUCUUUCUAAAGUUUUUAAUAACGUAAAUGUGUGUGUCUUGUGAGUGAAAUAAAGAUGGUGAGACUGCAAAAUGGCCCUGGCUUGGGCGCGAAAAAGGGUCCGGUAGCUGCUCCCUCAAAAACUGGGUCCACACAAAACAUGUCUGCUAAUAUUAAAGUAGUGGUCAGAGUUCGGCCUUUAAAUAUGAAAGAAAUUCAGUCGAACAAUCGUGUUGUUGUAGACGUUGUUGAUGACAAAAUGUUAGUGUUUGACCCAAAGCAAGAAACCAGGCCUUUCUUUUAUCAGGGAGUCCAGCAGCCUAACAAAAACUUCCUGAAACGUGCUAAUAAAGAGUUAAAGUUUGUCUUCGAUGAUGUUUGUGGUCAAGAAGCCUCAAAUCAAGAUGUAUUUGAAACCACAACAAAAGAGAUUAUUGCAUCUCUAAUGGAGGGGUAUAAUUGUUCAGUCUUUGCAUAUGGAGCGACUGGGGCUGGGAAAACAUUUACUAUGAUAGGGACUCUAGAGAAUCCUGGUAUAACUUAUUUAACAAUGGAACACUUGUUUUACACAAUUGAUUCAUUUGAGAAGGAUAGAGAGUUUGAUAUUGGAGUGUCAUAUAUUGAAGUUUAUAAUGAAAAUGUGUAUGACCUGCUUAAACCAUCUUCUACUCCACUCCAACUUCGGGAAGACUCAAAAUAUGGAGUUAUGGUAGCUGGUCUCAGCCUUCAUAGCAUUAGAACAGCUAGAGAGCUUCUGAACAUGCUUGAAGAUGGAAAUAAAAAUAGAACACAACAUCCGACUGAUGCUAAUGCUGAAAGCUCUAGGAGUCAUGCUGUGUUUCAGGUGUAUGUUAAAAUGCGGUAUAAAAUUAGCAGCCAGCUUCGUAUGGUAAAAUUAUCAAUGAUAGAUCUUGCUGGGAGUGAGCGCGCCUCGGCAACUGGUUGCAAAGGAGACCGGUUUAAAGAAGGUGCUAAUAUUAAUAAAAGUCUCUUGUCACUUGGUAAUUGUAUCAAUAAAUUGGCUGAUGGAAGCAAUUAUAUUCCUUACAGAGACUCAAAAUUGACUCGUCUCCUUAAAGACAGCCUUGGUGGCAACUGUAAGACAGUUAUGAUUGCUAAUGUAUCCCCAUCAAGUAUAACAUAUGAAGACACAUAUAACACACUCAAAUAUGCAGCAAGAGCAAAUAAAAUCCAACUAUCAAUUAAAAAGAAUAUUGUUGAUGGUGAUAUGCGAUUGUCACAAUAUGUCAAGAUAAAUGAGGAGCUUAGGAAGAAAAUUAAAGAGCUGGAAGCCAAAUUAUCUCUGUCCUCUCUGAAGACUGUCAAAGAGUCAGAUGGAGUUAAGGAAAAAAUGUCCCAGCAAUGGCGACAGCGCAUCCAAUCAGCUGAAAGCGCACACACCGCGAUCGAAAGUCGUCUAAUAACAAACAUGUGCCAACAGCGCGUGCUAGCGUUACGUCAACGUCUGCGAACUCGGGCCUUCCAGCACCUUGCAGAUUUGGCUCAUCGGUGCUCCAGUGAACAUAUGGAACAGAUGUGUGUAGAAGAUAUUCCUCGUCAAGAACGUGCCGCUGAAAGUUACGUGAAGCAAUGUGCAAUACUCGAUACUAAAGUACUUUCUACUUGGGGCGAAUGGGAUGAGAGCCGAAAGAAGUUGAAUUUAAUGUACAAUCAGGCUGUCACAGACCAUCCAGAACUCAUAGACUUUGUCCAGAAACUACAGACCCAAGCCAAAUUAAGAUUAGUAGAAGCCAGAGACAAUCUUCGGUACAAGCUCCUAGCCAUCGAGCACCAGGAAAUUAAAUCCUUCACAGAAUAUGUCAGCGAUAUGCCCAGUAUGCUGAAGAAGCUUUAUCUAACUUUAAAAGGUUAUGAUAGAGCCACCCCUGCGUUGACCAAUGAGUAUCUAGACAUUAUGAAGAAGGCAAAGUCGGUCAAGGGCAUAGUCUGGUCUGAUGAGGUACCGGACAACGAUGACUUAUUCAAAUUUGUCUCUACACUGGAUUUAGAAAAGCCAAUCAGUGCAAUCGACUUUGAUGAUGAAGAGAACAUUGACUUAGUGACGGAUAGUGAAGAUUUGACUGACAUUGAAAAUAGGGAGCCACUGCCCUCAGCAAAGAAGCGUAAAGGGACAUUCACUAAAGGCACUCCUAUGAAGCUGAUAAAUAAUGAAACAAUAAUUAUUAAUGAUUCAUUUGAGAGUAUGGAUGUGAAACAAGCCAUGAAUUCAGCGAAGAAGGUUAAAAAAGAAUUGAGUCCAUCAACAGAUGUGGAUAAUUAUAGUACUAUUGAUCCUAACUGUUUGAAUUCAACAUUUGUUAUGGCAAAUAAAAUGGACUGGAAGAAAACUGUGAAGGUAGAACCGAGCAGUCAACCGAUUAAAACUCUGAUGGAUAGGACGAAUACAAUUACCCGUACAAACAAUUUAAAUGACAGAGCUAAAAUAGUGAAGCCGAUUGUCGGAAAAGCAAUUCCCUUCAAACGAAACCCGGCACCUGUAACAGUAAAGCCCGUUGCUGGCUUCGGGUCUGGUGUUGCCAGAGAUGGGACGUCGUUGCAGAGAAAUGUACAAGGCCAAAAGGCGACUUUAAAUGAAAAAUCAGUUGGUUUUAAAGCAGUCCGAGCGAAGGAACGAAUGCAGACACAUCCAUACUCGAGGCCUGCCUUAAGAAAAUGAUAAUAUAAGAUAUAUGGCGUUAUGGAAAAGUGUAUUUUUAUAUAGAAUUAUUUUUAGGUGUUAUAUUUUAAUGUUUUAGUACUGUUUAAUUGGUUUUUUGAGUGUGUACAAAUGUGUGUCAACGAGAAAGUUAAUCAAUAAACAUUAUUAUAUAUUCCCAAAUACAUCGAAUCAUAAACUUUUUGUCACUUUAGAAGUAUAGUUUUCAAACCUUAUAUAACAGUAUUUUAGCAAGGAACAAAGUCUUAGUCUAGACUUAGUUUAAGACGGUACGAAGACGAUUGUCAUUGGCCAAACGGAACGAUGAUCUGAGAUUGGACGUGAGAUGUUGACCAAUUAGAAUGAAACGAAUCGGUAAAGACUUUCUCAAACCGUAAAUUGAAAUUAAAAUAUAUUAAACUCAGUUAUCGACAGAUUUAUGAGAUACUAACACAUAGUGAAAUAAUAUUAUUUAGAAUUUGUGAAUAGCAUUUUCUGAUUUACCAAUUCAAUUGGUUUCCGAUGUGAAUUUGACCACGCGACUACAAUGGACGUCACAAUUUGCUUUUGAGACGCAGCAAUAGUGAAUAAUUUUAGAACGAUAUAUCGCAUAGAGUAGUCAACCAUGACUGGAAUCGUUAUUGAAUGUUUCAGAUUAUUGGUGCAGUAACCCAACUAAAUACAAAAAGCUGCAGUUAAAUCUAGAUUAACAUUCUAGUAUAUAGUAUAGUAUUAUUCAACAAAUUUUUAAAGUAUUUUUUUUUACAUUUAUUGGAAAAUUGUAGCCCAUUGUUCUAGUAACUGGGUUUUAUUUUGUUAUGCCCAAACGGAUACCAAAUUGCGGACGAUAUUCUCCUUUCUAUUGAAAUGUACGUUUAUUGAUUGGACACAGGCGUCUUUGCAUUCUCUUUUUGAGGAAAAGCUAAUUUUCUUUGAGUUUCGUAAGAACGUUGCAACGCCUAAUUUGCUAUUGCGGUUUUUGCAUCGGUUUUAUUAUUAUUUUUCGACGAUAUCUUGACUAUGUAUUUAUGGACAAACGCUUUUGUAUGCUAGACCAUAUAACAGUUGCUUUGAAUACAAUAGGUGCGGAAAAAUAUGUCUACAUAAGCGUAACUAUGAAACUAAUGAAAUAUGAAAAAUUUCUUCGGGUAACGCGUUCAACAAACCCGACAAUUAUAGUUCAAUCGUACAAUUAUCGGUCGUUUUUCUUUUCACGCCAGUGUCUGGUAGCCCUCGUAAAUUGCGACUUAGCUUUAAGUAUGACUUCCGUACGUCAUAUAUAUUUUUGACACACGGGAGUUCUAUUUACGUCAGUCUAGAAAUUCUAAACCUUCCUUGUACUAAAACUUAAUAUUAUGGUAUCGGCUUUAUACAACAUACUUUUAGGGCAUUGACGCUUUUCUUGACAAAAAUAAUCUUGCCCAUUACAUGGUCCUAUAAUGCAUUUUUUACGUGUUCUACGGUGUUUUGCUUUAAUAUAUUUAUAGUAAUGUAAUGCUCGAAUUUUGUAAGCCCUGAUUUUUGUAAUAUUUUUUAAUAAUGUACCAAGUUCAUUACAGAAACGAAGAGCCUAAGCAGGCACUAGUGUGCAAGCGUGAGGCACUGUUAGCGCCGUAUAUACGUUUCUUUAAUGAGCCGGGUGAAAUAAUUUAUUAAUAUACUUUAAUUUUAGAAUUCUAAUAUUGUAGAAGUUUAAGAAUUUUGUAAUUUAGUGUCAAUUAUAGUUUAUGCAAAUUUUUCAAUAAUUGUGGUGCGUUUUAAUUAAGA